UAGGUACAUCUCUCUACAGAGCUGACUGGGGUGGACUUCUUUGGGCACCUAUUACUAGUCCUGUCUCCAGUUCCUCCUCCUGAUGACUGGACUCCUGGGACAGAGGAGAUGUGAUGUGUGAAUGCUCAGCCUGUUCUCUUUGGAUCCUGUAGGUUUGGAGGACUGUGCCCUGGCUGUUGAUGGCAAUGCCUCUGCUGAGGUUAUCACUGGCUCCCAGGUUAUCAUCAUCCCUCAUAGAGCAGACCCAGUCUUGCUGUCCCUGACAGCCUGCACUGAGCAGACUAUAUCCAUGUAAAAAUCUCUGCAGCUCUCAUGUCCUCAACUUGUGUCACAGGUGAAUCCACACUACCUGUUACCACUAUGGUCUGAUUCAACCAAGAAACGGAAUUCCUGCCAAGACUAGUGAGAGCACAAAACAAGUGAUGUAUUGUGAUGCCAGCAGUGAUGGAGCUGAGUUCUUCCCAUCCAGCCUGCCUGCUUAUUAUGACAAGACUUACUGGCUCAAGUACAGGCAUUCAUGUGUCACAUGUCUUCGUAUCAUCAGGCACUGAAGAAACUCAAGAAGGGAAACUGUCAUCAAGACUGUGCCUGAUGCUACCAAUCAUGGGUUUCUAGAGCUGGGAGAAUUCCAGCAGGCUCUGCAGAAGGGACUAGCACACGUGUCCUCUCUUUCCGUGGACGUACUCCUCUAGCUAUGCAAUGUAUUUUCUUAAGUGAAAAAAGGCAAAAUGAGCACUGAGUUUGAUUUUAGGACUAUCGUUUCAAGUCAGACAUCCAUCACGGGUGACCUUCAGCAACUUCUUAGCCAAGGAGAAUAUGCUCCUUUUACGUCUGCUCCCAUGUUUGAAAGCAAGUUUGUUCAGGUUAACCGAAGAGGGGAGACAAUGAAUAUCCAUAAGCAGCCCACCUGUGUCACUGUCGGCAUCUGUGCUACCAAUCCCAGUUCACCGAUGCCCAAUGGGAUGCUGCUAGCACACACAGUGCCCGUAUCCCCACAGGAAAGUAUGACAAAUCUCCAGAAAUUCUCAGAGCGGUCAUCCCAGUUGGAACAGUUAGCACUUAGCAGGUUCUUGCCCUUGAAGUUUGUGGAACUCUCUGUCCACAGCACAGACAAGCAUCAACUCAUGUUAAAAUUAGUAAAUGGACGUUCCUACUAUCUAGAGCUCUGUGCCCCACCAGACCAUCAACACCACCUAUUCCAGCACUGGUUGCAGCUCAUCUCCCUCCUGAAACCUCCAAAAAAUCCUAGUAAUACCAACAUUAACAUAAGAUGUGAGGAUUCUGGCAAAAGUCAUGAGAAAGCUCCCAGCCCAAACAAUGCAUCAGAAAAUAGGGCCAACCCACAAGAUUUGCCUAACCUCAAAACAGAGGAAGAAGUUGUUCCCAAACAAACCACCUCCAACCAAGUUCCCCACUCAGGUAGCAUGGGUCCCACAUUAAAGAGUGGAGGGGAAGAGGUAGCAGCCUUUGCCAGCCCCCUGGAAGCAACCAGGCAAGAAACCACCAUGCAGUCAAAGAAUAUAGACCCUCUGGAUACAAUAAAGAGUAAAAGCAUAGAGAAGAGGAAAAGUAGGAUAGACAAAUCAAAGCCAAAAAAAGAAAAAAAAUCACAACCUUCAGUGAUUAAGCACUGUUUCCUAUGCCUGCCAAGGCACAACAAAAAAAUGGAGCCGCUUAGCUUACUGAUGCCCCUUACCUUGUGUCUAAGCUCAUAA